AUGAAUAGUGAUGUAACAGGUGAUGAUCGAAUUUCAAAAUUGCCAGAGCCAAUUUUGCAUCACAUCCUGUCUUUCCUACGUGCUAAAGAUGCAGCACGAAUGAGUACAUGUUCGAAGGCUUGGGAUACUUCUUGGAAUUCACUCCCCUACUUAGAUUUUGGUGAUAUUUUCGACAGGAGGUCAAAAGGUCUGUAUGUUGUUAUAGAUCAAACUCUAGCAAGUAGGAAAAAGCACAAGAUUUCCAUGCAAAGGUUCUCUCUAUGGCUAGGCUAUUAUGUUCGACUUUCUUAUGUUGACAGACGGAUUAAGAUACUCAUAGCUUGUAAUAUGAAAGAGUUGAAUCUAAGAGUAGAAAGACAUGAUUAUCUAGCCAACAUCGCAUACAGCAGAUUGCCCAAUUCAAUCUUUGCUGCCAAAUCACUAAAUGUACUGAGUUUGUGUGGAUUUAAGAUUGAAUUGCCCGCUGAUGAUGGUAGGAUAAAGUUAUCAUCUUUGCGGCUGGAAGUUGAUGAGACUUUACCAAAACUGAAAAAGAUUGACUUGGUAAACCUAAAACGUGGCUGUUCGGUACUCCAAAUGGUUCAUAUUGAUAUUGCAGCAACUAAUCUCGAAGACCUUAAGAUCGACGACUUUUAUGGGAAUAUAAAGACUAUGAAGAUUGCAAGUGACAGCCUCAAACAACUGACCAUAUGUGGUUGUAACAAUUUGAUUGAUGUUGACUUGGACACUCCUAAUAGAAUAAAGAUCCUCUGCUUUAAUGAGAAGUUUACCGUAUGCUUGGAUUCAAGGAAGCGUAAAACGGCAAAGCGAAGGUGGCCGGAGACAACGAUGGAAGGAAUUGGAGGUGGAGUAAGGAGGGAGUUUGGAGAAUCGUCAAUGGAGGUUGAAGAAGAUGAUGUUAAUGAAGAUACACAAGAAUGUUGUAUCUAUUAA